GCCGGGCCAAGCGGGCUCUUCCUCCUCUUUCUCUUCCUCCUCCUCCUCUCGCCGCGCUGCUGCCGUCCUGCGGAGCGCCCGUGGAGGGUUCCAGUCUCGUGACCCACAGUACUCAGUCUUCUGAAGAAAGUCCAGUCUACUGUGCUGUCACCUUCACCAAAGGACAUGGAGAAGUUGUUUGAAAGGCCCUUUAUUCUGUCUAAGGAUGAAAUGCCUAUGGUUCCUUCCCAGGAGAAGCCAGAUACAAAUUCAUGCCCUCAUGCACCUGGCAAAAACUGUGUCUCUGGUGAGAGGACCAAUGGGAACUGCAAAGCUAAUGAGAAGGAAAGGGAGUGGAUCCGCCCUGAUACACCUAGCAGAUGUACAUGGAAGCUGGGGAAACCCCUCUCUGCCUCACCCCAUCGUCAUACUACUCUGCCAGAGCCUCUGAAAAUCCUGCCAAGCAUCCUGGAUAAAGUUGGCAAUACACCUUUGGUGCAAAUCAACAAGAUUGGGAAGCAGUAUGGGCUCAAGUGUCAACUCUUGGCAAAAUGUGAGUUCUUCAAUGCUGGGGGCAGUGUGAAGGACCGUGUCAGCCUGAGGAUGGUAGAGGAUGCUGAGAAGGCUGGGAUCUUGAAGCCUGGGGACACAAUCAUAGAGCCAACAUCUGGAAACACAGGAAUUGGGCUGGCCUUGGCUGCAGCAGUGAAGGGUUACCGCUGUAUCAUUGUGAUGCCAGAGAAAAUGAGCAUGGAGAAGGUGGAUGUCUUGAGAGCUUUGGGUGCUGAGAUUGUGAGGACCCCAACUACUGCUAGAUUUGAUUCUCCUGAAUCUCAUGUGGGUGUAGCAUGGAGACUGAAAAACGAAAUCCCCAAUGCACACAUACUAGACCAGUACCGUAAUGCCAGCAACCCCUUGGCACACUAUGAUACCACAGCUGAAGAGAUCCUGCAGCAAUGUGAAGGAAAAAUAGACAUGCUGGUGGCUACGGCUGGCACAGGAGGCACUAUUACUGGCAUCUCCAGAAAGCUAAAGGAGAAGUGUCCAGGUUGCAAAAUUAUAGGUGUUGAUCCUGAAGGCUCCAUCCUUGCUACACCAGAAGAACUGAACAAGACUGACAAGACAGUGUAUGAAGUGGAAGGAAUUGGAUACGAUUUUGUCCCCACAGUGUUGGAUAGAUCUACAGUGGACCAGUGGUACAAGAGCAAUGAUGAGGAGUCAUUUACUUUCGCACGCAUGCUGAUCCGAGAGGAAGGACUGCUGUGUGGUGGCAGCUCAGGCAGUGCCAUGUCUGUAGCUGUGAAGGCAGCCAAAGAGCUGAAGGAAGGUCAGAAAUGUGUUGUAAUCCUUCCUGACUCUAUCAGGAACUAUAUGUCCAAGUUCUUGAGUGACAAAUGGAUGAUUCAGAAAGGGUUCAUGAGAGAAGAGAACCUUGGUAAAAAACCUUGGUGGUGGAACAUCAGUGUUCAGGAACUAAGCCUCUCUGCUCCCCUUACUGUGCUUCCAACUGUUACCUGUGCAAAGACUGUUGAAAUUCUGCGGGAGAAGGGAUUCGACCAGGUACCAGUUGUUGAUGAAUCUGGGGUGAUUUUGGGCAUGGUUACCCUGGGUAACAUGCUUUCUUCACUGCUUGCUGGAAAAGUUCAGCCUUCUGAUGAAGUCAGCAAAGUAAUCUACAACCAAUUUAAACAGACAGAUAAUCAAGCUUCAGGUGGAAAUGUGAUUAACCUGAAAGACAGCCUGGGGAAACUCUCUCAUAUCCUGGAAAUUGACCACUUUGCUCUAGUGGUUCAUGAACAAAUUCAAUAUCACACUGAGGGUUCCUCUAGCAAGCGGCAAAUGGUGUUUGGCAUCGUUACAGCCAUCGACCUGCUUAACUUUGUGACUGCACGAGAACGGGAAAGAAAGUCCACCUAAAGACAAGCAGCAACAUGGAGCCUUUUCAAGAACAUUUUGCAAUCUUCAGCAAAGAAUCAGGUUUAUUUCCAAGGUAGAAUGCUCUGUCCUUAGGGUGUUUCUUUUUUAAAUUCUGAAAAUAAGCAGUCAGCUAUUCUGGUGUCAGCUACACAGCCAGCGCAUUUUGCUGUAUUACACAGCUUCUGGAGACUUGUUUCUUGCAUAGGUUACACAGUAUUUCUCACCAAGACAAUUUAUUUUUUUUACUUCUCUCUCUAUAUAUAUAUAUGUAAAAAUCGUGCCUAAAUUAACGGGUAUGUUCCUUACUUGUUAUAUCUGAACUCCGGCUUUCCAAUACAUUGUUUCAGAUUCACAAAAUGGGCUAAAAUAAAGAGUUACAGAAGCAACGGCCCAAGACAGCUACACUUUUUUUUUUCUUUUUUUUGGUGCAAGGGUCUUAAGUUAGAUAAUACUUGCAUGGAGACAAAAAUGGGACUGGUGUGUGUUGAGAAGAAAGAUGGGUUUCCGCUUUGGUGACAGCAGAGUAAAGAGGAAAUCUUGAGGGCUGGGGUUGAGGGUUGUUUCAACCAGCUGCUCUGAGGUCAAACUGGCCUGAGCGGAAUCCUGGCACUGAAGUGACAAACACAAACUAGUGAUUUUGUUUUACAUGGUGCACCAGCUUUCACUGCAAAGACAAACUUUUCUUUUUCCAACUGUAUCCUGACAAGUAAGCACAAAUGAAAAGAUUAAAAGGUAAGAUCAAGCUUCUUGCUUGAAGGUUUUUGAAAAUCACACUGUUUCAUCUAGUACCUACCCCCUAGCUCCCCACCUUAUUUAUCUUAAAGUGCUUCUUUUUAUGCCUGCAUUAGAAGAGCCAAAGGUAACCUGUCAAGAGCUGUAAAAUCUUUCAAGUCUUGUUUAAGUGCUCCUAUGCUGUAGUGCCUUAUUCCAGGAGAAAAACCCUGCUAGUCAUUGGAUUCACUGUAGGCAAGCUUGGCAAAAAUUGGAAAACAUGGUGUAAACUGGUAGUGUCAAAAAUACGUAAGAGUAAUGCACAGUAGGUGUGUGCAGCUACAAUUUUUGGCCAACUUCUGUAACUCUGGAUCCUUCAGUAAUGUUUGACUUGCGUAGCCUUAGCACAGUUUGGCACUAGCAGCCACAUCCGUGCACUGCUGUGCUCAGGCUACUUACUGCUGAUGAAUGGAAUCACCCCAUGGUUACAGGAGGAAAGCAGUGGUUCCUCAUCUUCAUUAAAGACUACUCUGGUCAUUUUCUGACUGGCCUCUUACCAAGUAUAAGUGUUUUAACCAGCAAGGGUGACAAUUUUUUUAGCUUGUCUCUUCACUGAAGUAAAAAAAAUACUAUUUAGGCUGGGGCUGUUGCUGUUAGGAUAGCAAAGUUGUUGGGUUUGGGUUCUUUUUGUGUGUGUUGGGUAUUCUUAUGGUAUUUUGGUUCUGUUAAAGCUGAAGGGAGUUGUAAGUCAGCUAAGAGAAAACAAAAUGGUUAUUUAAAAAUCACAAUUACUACCUCCUGUAUAUAUAGAUUUCUUUCUACCUUGCUGGCCUCCCUGUGGCAGUGAAAUUUGCUGUACAUUUUGGAAGUGUGUGCUCAGAGGAGAGAGGUGGCAGAAGCCAUCCUGUCCCAUGUCAGUGCAGAGCAAAGAGCAUCAAGCAGAGCCUUUGCAGUUUUGCUGGCCUCGAGGAGGGAGGCAAGAGCUCAAAGCCAAAGAAGUGACACCAGUGACAGUGGCUGCCUGCCAGCAGUGUGACAGCCUUGUUUGUUUUCUAGCUGUUUCUAUCUCACCUUAAAUUUGUGAAAGUUAAGAACUUUGCUGUAAUAAUAAAAAGCCUCAGACUGA